UUUUUUCUCCCGUGGGUUGGUUUAAUUGAAAAAAUAAUAAAAAAAAUUUAGGGUUGGUGAAAUAGUAGUUUGAUGCCUUUAAUAAUUUAGUCACGCUUUUGAUGAAAUAACACUGAAAAAAUGUAUUUGCUUUUCUUCCCCUAUAAUAUCAUUAUUGCAUAUGUAUUUGCAUAUGGUAUUGUGUCCAAAUUAUUGUUGUGAGUGCAAAUAGAUAUAUAUAUAUAUAUAUAUAUAUAUGAGAGAGUCAUCUUUCUCCUACGAAUAAUCAAAUUAACAAAAAAUGGAAAACAAUAAACUAAAUAGUGAUGUUAACCAACUUCACGUAGCAGUAUUCCCAUGGCUAGCACAAGGCCAUUUACUCCCAUUUUUCCAAGUCUCCAUGUUCUUAGUUCAAAAGGGUCACCGUGUUUCCUUCAUCACCACCCCAAAAAACCAUAGUAGGCUCCCAAAAAAUCUAAUUCCCUCAAAGCUAUCCCAUCUCAUAACCUUCGUUGACCUGCCUUUGCCAACCGUGGACGGCUUACCCGAUGGAGCUGAAUCAACCGCCGACUUACCCAUUCACAAAGUCCCAUUCCUAAAGAAAGCCUUCGAUGGACUCCAACCAAGUAUGACUAAGUUUCUACAAGACUCCGGCCACGACGUUACUUGGAUCAUCUCCGACUUCGUUUGUUACUGGCUACCUCCACUCGCCAGCAGAUUCAGGAUCAAGUUGGUUUUGUUUGCCAUAGUAAACGCCACUUCAUUUGCCUUUUAUUUACCGCCGUCGGAAAUGGGUAGCGAUUACCGCAGAAAACCAGAGGAUUUCACAGUGGUUCCUAAGUGGUGGAAUGAUAUGCCUUACGACGUCGCUUUUAAGUUGCACGAAAUGGAGAAUCACUGGAAGGGCAUGGACUCAGAUGUGUCUGAUUUUCAGCGGUUGAUGGAGGUGACUAAGGGUUGCCAUAUCAUACUCAUCAGGACUUGCCCGGACUUCGAGCCUGAAUCACUUAGUCUUCUCAAGACUCUUCACAAUAAACCGGUUCUACCAAUUGGGCUGUUGCCACCGUCUGAACCACGUGACGAUGAAGAUCACGAGAGAUGGGAAGCUCUGAAACUGUGGCUAGAUGGCAAAAAAGACAAGUCAGUAGUUUAUAUUGCGCUUGGUUCGGAGUUUAGCCUGAGUCAAGAAUUGAUGCACGAGUUAGCUUUUGGAAUAGAGAAAUCUGGGUUGCCGUUUGUUUGGGUGAUUAACAAUCGGCCAUUGGUGGAAGGAAAAUUUGGUUCGGACAUAAUUCCAUCUGGGUUCGAAACCAGGGUCCCUGAUCGAGGUUUGGUAUGGCGGGGUUGGGCGCCCCAAUUGAAAAUCUUGGGUCACCCUUCGGUUGGCGGGUUUUUGACUCAUUGCGGUUGGAGUUCAGUGAUCGAGGGACUUGGAUUUGGGGUUGCAUUGAUUUUGUUUCCCGGUGGAAUUGCAGAUAUGGGUUUGAUUGGGAGGUUGCUGCACAAUAAGGGAAUCGGUUUUGAAAUUCCACGAGAUGAUAUAAAGGGGUCGUUUACCUGUGACUCGGUGGCUGAGUCGAUUCGGCGAGUCAUGGUGGAGGAGGAAGGAGAACCACUCCGAGCUAAGUCACGUGAGAUGAGACAGAUCUUUGGGAAUAUGGAACUCCAGAACAAGUACUUCAACGAGUUCGAGGAGUUCCUUCUCAGGGGAGCUUAGAAUGAGUUGGCCUAAUGAAUUGUAAAUCUUGAUAAGUUUAUAAUAAGAAAAUGCUUAUAUUUUUUAGAUUUGUCAUGAAUAACAGCUAUUAUAUUCGUAUGUUAUGUUUUUUAAAUAAUAAUUUUUUUUGAA